CCCCCCCAAACCGCUGUUUCUUGAGCUGAGCACAAUAGUCUGACAGUGUUUUUUCUGUUGUGCGCCUCGUGUUCUGUGUUCCUUGGUGGCCGUUUUGGCGUGCUCCAUUCGCCCUCCCCAUCGUCGCGUCAAAUGCUGGAUGCUUGCCCUCGAGGCUAACGAUUGUUCCUGUGGGUUGACGGUCCCUGAAGGUGGCCCUUCGUGUCUUUUCAUGUUCGGGGAAGUAACCGCGGAGCGGGGGGAUCCGCGAGCGUCGUCUACGUAGUGGUAGUGUCCUAGUGCGGGGAGGACGAGCGAUCACGAUCCUCCACCGAACGGUUAAUCCAAGUGGUUACGUCACACGAUCCUGAGCUGGGCUUUCGAAAGAAACGACUUACUAAAGAAGUGGACGGCGACGACGACGGGGACGAGGACGACGGCCCUGCUAAAAUGGAGCUGCGCCUGCACUCGCCAGCCGGAGCAGAACCGAUCGUCUAUCAAUGGCCCCUCACCUCCGGAUCCGGAUCUGAUCGUCACGAUGGUGCACUUGAUGUUGUUGAAACAAUGAGAUGGGUUUGCGAAGAUUUGCCAGAUUUGAAACUACCGUUAGAAAAUAACAUUUUAUGUGACUAUGACACAAGAGAUUAUGAAAGUAUGAAAAAUUUGUGUGACAAAUUUAAUAGAGCAAUUGAUAGUUUAGUGCAACUGGAGAAAGGUACCAGUUUACCAUCUCAGAGAUUGAAUAAACGACCCAGUCGAGGUUUACUAAAACACAUACUCCAGCAAACAUAUAAUCAAGCAGUAGUGGAACCAGACAAAUUAAAUCAAUAUGAGCCGUUUUCACCAGAGGUAUAUGGAGAAACAAGUUAUGAACUUGUAUGCCAAAUGAUUGAUCAGAUUGAUGUAACAGAAGAUGAUGUUUUUGUUGAUUUGGGAUCUGGAGUUGGUCAAGUGGUUCUUCAAAUGGCUGCAGCAACUUUAUGCAAAAUUUGCAUUGGUGUUGAAAGAGCUGACGUACCAUCAAGAUAUGCACAGAGUAUGGAAGUAAACUUUCGUAAAUGGUUGAAUUGGUAUGGAAAAAGAUGCGGCGAAUAUCGUUUGGUAAAAGGCGAUUUUUUAGCUGAUGAACAUCGUGAAAGUAUUACCGGAGCUACGAUAGUGUUUGUUAAUAAUUUUGCAUUUGGUCCAACGGUGGAUCAUCAACUAAAAGAACGAUUUGCUGACUUACGAGAUGGAGCUCGGAUUGUAUCGUCAAAGUCAUUUUGUCCUCUCAAUUUUCGCAUAACAGAUAGAAAUCUCAGUGAUAUUGGUACAAUAAUGCAUGUGUCGGAAAUGUCACCACUAAAGGGUUCUGUCUCGUGGACUGGUAAACCAGUGUCUUAUUAUCUACACGUAAUUGACCGUACCAAGUUAGAACGUUAUUUCCAUCGCUUAAAGAAUAAUAAACAAGGUGGCGAUGAAAAUUCUGAUUCUGUGAUAAAUAACACUGCCAGCAAUAGUAAUAAGAUUAUAAAUAGAGGAGAAAGAGGUGACAGAGCUAAACGAGAUCUUUCAAGACAGCUAGAAAGUCCGAAUCAUUCGGAGCAACAAGGAACAAAUAGCGAUUCAGAUGUAGAUGAAAGUAAUAUUAAAAAUCGUCGGCAACCAAAUAAGAUCCGCAGAAAGUUAAAUAGGAAAUCUAAUGGUAUAACUAGACCACCUGCUAGAGGUAGACAGAGGGGAAGAGGAGUAAAGAAAUCGAAGCCCAAGAAAACAAUUAAUAUUUCUGGCUUAGAUUUACUGCAUAGUCAAACAUUGCUUAGUACAUCUCCACAAGCUUUGGGAAAGAAACCACCGCCUGCACCUGGUUGCGUGGAUCAACAACUGUCUUCAUUAUCACUUUCAUUACAGUCACAUUCCACCUCUGUGCAUGAAGAACUUAGUAUACCACCUGCUCCGUCCGCAACUCCAUAUGCAUUACAGAUACUUUUGGACUUGUACAGGGACCAAUUCAUGCUUAUGUUAGAAUCGAUGAGAACACCUUCAUACAGAAUAUCAGUUAAUACAGAUAUUGCAAAAGAAAGAGAAAGAAAUUCAAAAUUACAAUCAAGAGCGGCACAAUUAGAGAAACAAAUAAAAGUAUUAAUUGAUGAUAGCGUAGCACUUUUAAAAGCAAGAAUGACCGAGUUAGGUAUAAAUGCGACAUCGCCUGGAGAUUUACUUGCGAAAGCUAAGGAAAUUGUUCUUAGACAUAAACAAUUGCAAGCUAAAGCAAGUAAGCUACAGGCCCAGGUUGCAUCUAUGGAAAGCGAACAAUCGAGAUUAACUGCUCUUAGACAUCAAGAAUUACAAGAGAAGUAUAGUAAUCUCGCAAAUACGAAUGGUAUAUCAAAUCCACCACAGCCACUUACUCAGGAUUAUAUAUUGAAAGAAAUUUCUGCGACUUUAUCUCAACGUAAACGAUUACAUUGUCAGGUAUCCAAAUUGGAACAUGAAUUAAAUGUAUUGGAAAGAGCAAGCAAUGAAAAACAGGUUGCUGCGAUAGUUCAGCAGCAAAGAGAAGCGUUAGGUUCCAAACAUUCGCAAAGUCAACAUCAUCAUCAGCAGCAAAAUGGAAAAAGCGGAUCAUCGCGGAAAAAUAGAGAAGGACGUUCUAGGUCGCAAGAAUGGCCUGAUGUUCCUGAUAUCGGAAAAAUACAGGAGAAUAAUCCAGAAAUAUUAGCGCAAAAGAUUUUGGAGACCGGCAGGCAAAUAGAAGCUGGCCGAAUAUUAAACAGACAAAAUAGUAGUACUAGUAGUAAUUCUAGAACCCGACUGCCACAAGCAUCUCUCAGUUUUUCUACUACUUCAUCAUCUAUUUCAUCCUCACAACCACAGAUAAAUAAUAAAGAAGCAACAAAUAGAACUCAGGAACCUCCAAGAGUAGCAAAUUUCGAAGAUAGGUUAAAAAGUAUUAUUACAAGUGUUUUAAACGAAGAUCAACAAAAUAGAAAUAAACAACAACAAAUGCAACUACAGGUGCAAUUACAAAAUCAGACUGAGCCAGAUAGAAAACGUGCAUUAUCACAAAAUGUUUCUACUCCUGAUUAUACACAGGUUUCACCUGCGAAGUUGGCACUACGUCGUCAUCUUUCUCAAGAACGUCUUUCGUCUCAUUUAACACCAUCUGACAGGCCAACAAUCGACUCGAGGCAAUCGAAUCAUGACAAUCGUAUUGCAACGGGAGGAAAUGGACUACUUGGUACUAGAACGAUUGGAGAUUUAGUCAGUGGAGAAAUAGAAAGAACGUUGGAAAUAUCUAAUCAAUCUAUAAUAAAUGCAGCUGUUGAUAUGAGCGCAAUGAUAAGGCCAGAAACCGUAUAUUCUCCGAUUAGUAGACCAGCUAGUGCGGAAGGUGACGCUGGUUUAUCAACUUUAGCACACGUAGCAAGUUACGCUCCAACUUCUUCUGCAGUUUCAACUUGUACUCCUACCACAACUUCAAGAUCAUCAGUGUUAUUUACUCCCGUAACACAACCACAAAGAUAUACGCCAGUUCAGUUACCUCGUGCAGACAUCAAACCUUAUCAUGAGUCAUAUUUCUCUGACAAUCCUCAGUCACUCACACAGGCCCAUCCUCCAUCAUCAUUGCAUACAUCACAGGCUGCAUCAAACGGCGAGCUUUUGCCAGUAGAAGGAUUAGCUGCAUCUUUACAUGCUCGCAUAUUAAAUAAUCACAACACAAAGACCGAGCCGAUGUUGACUACGAAUAGAAGAUUUCAACCGUAUCCUCGAUAUGCAACCAGUAGCAACAACAAUGGCAGCGCAGUAACAAAUGGUAUGGUGACAGCUAUUUGUCAAUCACAACCUACGAUGUCAGUAAAAACAGAGGCAGUUGUAUCAUCAGUAAGCACAAGCGGAGCGCCCUUGAGUCCUCUUAUAGAACCGCAUUCUAAUACGUCUACGCCACUAGUCGAUGAACCUCAAAUGACAACGCAGAGACAACGAAACGGUAUUGGCGAUGACGACGGGGAAGCGGAUUGGCAAGAUCGCAUCAGUUCCGGAUUUGAUAGACUGGUUGCGUUCGCAUCGACAGAAUUAGACAAGCGAAGAAGAUCCACAGAGGGAGUAAACACGAGUCCUGAUAGCGGUUUAGGAUCAGAUAGCACGGUAACGGGACCUCCACCAGUGAUACCAUCGCCGGACGAAGCACUGGGGCCUCCACGUACACCUUCACCGACCAGUCCUCGUCCACCGAAUCCCUCCAAUAGUAGUAGUACGAGCAGUAACAGCAGUAGUAGCAGUAGCACGUCUUCGGUGCCUCUAAAAUAUCAACGUCAACCGGAUCCGGAACGACAUCAUUUUAAGAAAAAGUUUUUUCAUAGGGAUUGGAACAACUCUGGAAGUACCAGUAAGUUUCGUCCUAAAGGCAAAGAUUGGGAUUGGAAUCACUCUGGACAGUGGUCUUCGAACGACGAAUAAUUUUAAUCAACUUUUUAUAUGUAUCUUGAAAAGCGAGUAUAUUAAGCUUCUUAAUGGGUUCUUUCUUGUUAAGUUCACAGAAUUAAGUUGAUUCACAGAAUUAAUUUAUAUUUUCACACGCAAUAGAACUCCAUUUGUUGGAAUGAAAUUUUAGUUAGCACUAAAUAACUACUCCUGCCAAUUGAUUCUAUUUAUACAAGCAUGCAUUCAUUAUUUGAAUGAAAUCGUAGAGGAAAAUCAGUGAAUUUUUUUGUUAUAUGAAUCCUAGUUAUAUGAACUGUUUGUUCCUCCGUAUAUUCAGAUAAAUGGAGUUCUACUUGUUAUUUGUUUUCACAGUAGAGUUGUUAUCUUAUCUUUCCUUUCCUGCUCUUCGCAGUGUGGUGUUCAAGAUAAUUUUCAAUUAUUUCAAAAUAUGCAACUUAGCUACGAAUCAUGGUUCUCGUCCACGAUUUAAAAUGUUUCUCUCUUUUUUUCAUUAUCUCUUUUGGCUUUAUAGUUUAUAUAAUUUAUAUAAUUUGAGUUUAUACAUUUAUUUAUUUAUUUAAUGAAAAUCUUGACUACGGGGCUAAACAUACUGCGAAAUUUUUUCAAAGUGUAUUUCGAUUCUAAAAUCUAUUUAAUAUUUAGCUGUAUACACACGCGUAUUUUAAAACGUGAAGGACAGAAGAAUGUCGAAAACCUUGUUGUUAUACAUUACUCACUGAUAAACAUUCAAAAUUAAUGUUAUUAGCUGCUACAUUUUUUGACGCAAAGAAAACAAUAAUUUAGAAGAUAAUCAUUAUGGAUUUAAUAUAUGAACAUACGGUGAGAAUGUGUUUGCCUUCAUAAAAUAUAUGCUAAUACCAUAGAGAUUAUAUUCCUUUAAAAAAAAAAAAAAAAGAAAAAAACAGAAGAGGAAAAAUUAAACAAUUUGUAAAUGGACUCAUCUAUAAUUAUGGUACGUGAUUGUCACAUAUGUAAUAAGGUAAAAGAAAGUGCUGUGUAAAACAUGUACCAUAUAUUAUGAACGUUGUAGUUAACGAAACUAGCCGGCAAAACAGAAAGAAAAAAAGCUACCAAAACCUACGUGUGUUCGUAGCAAAUAUUCGCUGCAUAUUUUAUGCGCAGCUCUGUGUCCUCCAAUUAUUUCCGGAGGAUACAGUUUAUCGAAGUGUUCACUGUUGCUCAUAAAUGAAUAUGACAACAGACAGCGAAGAAUAGUCAUUUCACUAUCGGAAGUUAAGUCUAAUUUAUCUUUCUGUUUUUUCUUUUUGUUUCUGUCUUUUUUUUUAUCUGGCACAAAUUUACUCAUUGAUUUGUAAGAUUGUGCAGAAUAAUCCAAAGAAUGAUCUCUUCUACAGGAGAGUUUAAAUUAAGAAAUUUUUCCCAGCGGAGUUUGAUCAGACUCAAAAUAAUCUCGCUGGCUUAUAUGAGAUUCUCAAUUUGUAAAUAAAAUACGGCGCGCUUUCAAUCAAAUUCGUGCGUCUACGUUAUAUAAAAGAUUUUUUAGUCAUUGUAUCGUAAAUAUAGCGGAGAAAAUUUGUAAAAAGGGAAAAAGCAUAGGAGAGAGGUGAUUGUCAUCUAUAAGAUAUAAAAGAAAGAAAGAAGAAGAGAGGGCUAGAAAAAAUUGACUUAAUCGUCACUUGAUUGUAAUUAGUUAUCCAAUUAUUUAACAAUUUUACCUAUUGAUAUGAUAUAAUUAAAUAACAAUGUAGGCACCUGCCAAGUUUAGCAAGUUAUAUAUACACUGCCGAAGAUCUUCAAUUAAUUAAUUUUAUUAUUGAUCAUGAUUAUUAUUUAUUGUUUUUAUUGAAAUAUUUUAAUACUAAGGUUUUUGUAACAAGCA